AUCUUCCAACUAACAUAAUUCCGAUGAUACCAAUUUACCCUUAUUUUCUCUUCUUUUCCCAUUUCUAAAUGAAAGAUAAUUUUAAGGGGCUUCGCAAUGCCUCUUAACAGCGGGCAUUCUUAUUUCUUCAAUCUCCCUUUAGAGAUCCAAUGGUGGAUACUACGAUAUCUUGGCCCGUGUGACCAGGCCUCAUUCCUACAGACAUGCACCAGAGCUCGGGAUAUCGUAGAGCCAUUACUUUACACCAAGGUGUAUACGAAGAUUGGCACUUACAAUGACAGUACCGGGCUGGUCGACCUUUUGUUCCGGCGACCUCAUAUUAUUCGCUCCAUACACAUUCUUAUCCUAGAUGAAUUCCACCCGGUCGCUUACAGACAACUUAUGGCUAUUGAGUUCCCUAAUCUCGAAAGCAUUAUUAUGCACCACGAAGGGGAACCCCUAAGUAUUGAUGAUGAGAGGAGGCGUUCCAUGAAUGAAUUUGUUAAAGAACAGCCCAACUUGACAAAUCUGACAUUCGCGAUUGAGCCAGAAAACCCGUCCACAGUUUUACUCGAGCAGGAUGAUGCCAUAUUGUUUCGCCAUAGAAAGCUUCGGCGUAUACGGAUCUCUCACGUCGACUUCUCUGCGUUUGGUGGGCUAGACGCGGACUACUUCCCCCAUUCGGAUUUGAAGAGACUCCUAGUCGAUUCAUGUUGGUACACCUAUGGCGCAUUAGCGCAGCUAUUAUCCCCAACAACUAAGUUAAUUAGUCUCCUGCUGGGCCAUAACGCGCAACUACCCUUCUCGGAGAGGCUUUAUCCUGCACUAUUGGGUCCGGUUCGGGAGACUUUACGAAUAUUGGACCUCACAUGGCGACACAAGAUACCCCUCGGAAACGAAGGAAUGGAUUUCACGCGAUUCCCGAACCUUCACUUUCUUCGGGUGCCCCCUAUUUACCUACUAGGAACUGCUUAUACGGAUAAUGCGGACCUGGAAGGCCUUAUUCGUUCAAGAUUCCCACCAAAUCUCAAGAUGCUUCUCUUGGAGAAUAUCGUGCCUCGUUCUAUCAGGGUCAUGGAUGAACAAGGAGUCGUGUUCCCCGGAUACCCACGCCCAGGCUUCACUCUUGAGCUAACACUUCUUCCGCAUGACUAUCACUUGAUUCGAUUCUUAACCACAGAAAAGGACCAUGUACUACCGCUACUGAAGUACGUCCUCAUGUAUUAUAUGGAGUUCUUACAAGACCCUGCAGGCAUUUUUUCGUUGGCUAAAGACCAUGGUAUCAUGCUUAGUCAUCUAUCGGGUUCCGAUCACAUAAAUCAUUUAUUAGAAUGGUUAGAUGAAAUGUGAAGUGCGAAGGACUCCGAACUCAAGACUGUUACGGUUAAAUCAGCAUGAGAUACAUAGCGAGGGAGUUCGACUUAUUAC